CAUCACUCCCACCACUGCCCGCCCAUCUUCCUCGACCCUCCUCUCCGUUCCUCUCACACACACACUCCCUUGUGGCAGCUGCUUCUUCUCCUCGUCGCUGUCUGCAACGCAAGUACCACUGCUCCUCGCAAUCAAGCGUGCCUGAGAAUUGACACCUUUGGAAAUCUUCCUCUUCCCAACCCCCCCACUACAGAUCUGCAAUCAUGAGGGAAAUCGUCCACCUCCAAACCGGCCAGUGUGGUAACCAGAUCGGUGCCAAGUUCUGGGAGGUUCUCAACGAGGAGCACGCCAUCGACGCUCAGGGUAACUACCACGGCAACACCGAUCUCCAGCUCGAGCGCAUCAACGUCUACUACAAUGAGGCCUCGGGUGCCAAGUACGUCCCUCGUGCCGUCCUCGUCGACUUGGAGCCCGGAACCAUGGACUCGGUGCGAUCCGGCCCCAUUGGUGGUAUCUUCCGUCCGGACAACUUCGUUUUCGGGCAGAGCGGUGCUGGUAACAACUGGGCGAAGGGUCACUACACCGAGGGUGCUGAGCUCGUCGACUCUGUCCUCGAUGUCGUUCGCAAGGAGGCUGAGGGCUGUGACAUGCUGCAAGGUUUCCAGAUCACCCACUCGCUCGGUGGUGGUACCGGUGCCGGUAUGGGUACCUUGCUCAUCAGCAAGAUCCGUGAGGAGUACCCUGACCGUAUGAUGGCUACCUUCUCGGUCAUGCCCUCGCCCAAGGUCUCGGACACCGUCGUUGAGCCCUACAACGCUACGCUCUCGCUCCACCAGCUCGUUGAGAACUCGGACCAGACGUUCUGCAUUGACAAUGAGGCCCUCUACGACAUCUGCUUCCGCACCCUCAAGCUGUCUACCCCCAAGUACGGCGAUCUCAACCACCUCGUCUCCCUCGUCAUGUCGGGUGUCACAACCUGCCUGCGUUUCCCUGGUCAGCUCAACUCUGACCUGCGUAAGCUCGCCGUCAACAUGGUGCCCUUCCCGCGUCUCCACUUCUUCAUGGUCGGCUUCGCUCCCCUCACCGCUCGUGGCUCGCAGCAAUACCGCGCUGUCUCGGUGCCGGAGCUUACCAGCCAGAUGUUCGAUGCCAAGAACAUGAUGGCCGCCUCUGACCCUCGCCACGGCCGCUACCUGACCGUCGCCGCCUACUUCCGCGGCAAGGUCUCGAUGAAGGACGUCGAGGACCAGAUGCAGUCAAUCCAGACGAAGCAGUCGUCGUACUUUGUCGAGUGGAUCCCCAACAACAUCCAGACGGCGCACUGUGACAUCCCUCCCCGCGGCCUCAAGAUGGCCGUCACCUUCAUCGGCAACAACACGUCGAUCCAGGAGCUCAUGAAGCGUAUCUCGGACCAAUUCUCCGUCAUGUUCCGCAGGAAGGCCUUCCUGCAUUGGUACACUGGAGAGGGUAUGGACGAGAUGGAGUUCACUGAGGCCGAGUCUAACUUGGCAGACCUGAUCUCUGAGUACCAGCAGUACGAGGCGGCUACUGGUGAGGAUGAGGAGGGGAUCUACGAGGGUGAGGAGGAGGAGGUCAUCGAGGAGUAAGAAGCGCAAUAGACACAGCGCAGUAAGAAGAGCAACAGUGAAAGGAGUCUUGUCCCCCCCCCACAAAGCCCCCUCCCUCUGGACGUCAUCAUCAUCAACUUGGAAGGCGCGCGCCAAGUCGCCGUCGACUUUGCUGCCCCGUCUUCGCCCUUGUCCCUUUGCCCCGACCUCUUCUUCUUCUCCUCUCUUACUUUCUUUGCGAACUCUUCUUCUUUUUCCACGCUCCC